AUGUUUAUCCUUUUAUGUAUUUUGCAUGAGAGACUUCAAGUAGCACAAGGGGAGAAGCAAGAACAGAAGGGACAAAGUGGAAUUUUAGAAUUUGAAACAGACAAUAUUAUCAGGAAUGACAAUAAGAAGGUCAAGUUCUGCAGAUCACCUCCUUUGGUUAGUGCAUUAAAAGCUUCAGCUCAAGAAGAUGCAGCCAGUUUUCACUUCCCAGGACAUAACAGAGGACAAGUUGCUCCGUCAUCCUUAACACUGCUGAUUGGUGAAAGACCAUUUCUGCAUGACUUACCAGAACUUUCGGAGCUUGACAAUCUCUUUGCUCCGGAGGAACCUAUUUUAGAAGCACAAAAACAGGUAGCGAAACUUUUUGGCGCAUCAGAGACAUGGUUUCUUGUUAGGGGCAGUACAUGUGGAGUCCAGGCAGCAAUAAUGGCAACUUGUUUGCCUGGAGAUACUUUCAUUCUUCCACGAAAUUCUCAUAUCUCUGCAGUAUCUGCCAUGGUAUUAUCUGGUGCAGCACCCAAGUAUAUCUUUCCGGAGUAUGGCCCUAGAUGGGACAUUGCCGCAGGGAUCACUCCUUCACAGGCAACGGAAGCAAUCAAGGAACUAGAGAUGGAAGGUCGUAAACCAGCUGCCGUUUUGGUCAUUUCACCUAGUUAUCAUGGUAUAUGUAGUGAUAUCAAUGGAAUUUUAAAACUGUGUCACAAUAAUAAGAUCCCCGUAAUUGUCGAUGAGGCUCAUGGGGCUCACUUUGGCUUCCACCCGCGGUCGCCGAGCUCAGCUCUUGCUCAACGGGCUGAUCUUGUCAUGCAAUCGACCCACAAAGUGCUAUGCUCUCUCACACAGUCAUCAAUGCUGCAUGUCUCUGGUAAUAUUGUAGACAGGGAGAAGAUUUGCAGAUGCCUUCAAACACUUCAAAGCAGUAGCCCGAGAUAUUUGUUGUUGGCAUCAUUGGAUGCUGCUAGAGCCCAACUAAGUGAUAACCAUGGAACUAUUUUCAACAAAGCAAUUGACUUAGCUAUGGAAGCAAAAAGUGUGAUUGAUGAACUUCCUGGAAUCACACUCAUUGGCGUUCCGAACUUUCCCAUGUUUCCUACUUUUGAUCCUUUGCGAGUAAUUGUUGGCGUGUUGCACCUUGGUAUUUCAGGCUUUGAAGCUGAUAACAUCUUAUACAGGGAUUUCGGUGUAGUUUUCGAACUUGUUGGAACUCAAUCUAUUACAUUUGCAUUUAACCUUGGCACAAAGAGAGAGCAUGUUUUGAGACUUUUCUCAGGAUUGAAUUAUCUCUCAGCAACUUUAAUGCCCACUGAUGGCUCAGUAAUUAAAUCGGUUGAUAUCACGAACUUACCUUUCUUUGAUGAUAUCAACAUGGUUUUGAGUCCUAGAGAUGCCUUUUUUGCACAUAAAAGAAAAGUGAGCAUCGAUGAAAGUCUUGGUGAAAUAUGUGGAGAGCUUAUAUGUCCUUAUCCACCAGGGAUUCCAGUGCUGAUACCGGGUGAAGUUAUCACUGAACAAGCACUGCAAUACCUGUUGCAUGUUAAAAGCAAGGGUGCCACUAUCAGUGGAGCUGCUGAUCGUUUCCUCUCGUCUCUUGUUGUAUGUGAUGUCUAA